ACACUGUUUGUGAUUCGUUUUUAUGGAAUUUAUAAGGUUAUAUUUAUUCUUGACAGUAGAUUGAUCUUUAUAAAUCUCUUUACUUCAAAUUGUUCUUAGAUUAGAAUUAAGUACUAUGUUAUUUUUGAGACAAUGACUAGGGGAAACCCAAUAAUAAUUACAAAACUUUAUAUAAAUUUGAAAGAAUGCCUUUCAAAUUUUACUUGAAGAAAAGCCGCCAGUACAAUGUUGUGUCCAAAAAUCAGUAUGUGAUAUGUGUUGAAUUGUUGGACUCAACAUCGAUAGAAUGUACUCUUAGUAUUGACAGUCUUGGUCAAGAAUGUUUGACCAAUGUAACACAAAGACUUGGCUUAGGCCAACCAGAAUUUUUUGGCCUAUGUUAUGUUUGUCGACAUGGAACACCAUCUCCUCGCUGGGUGGAUAUGGAUAAACCUCUAAAAAAACAACUUGAAAAGGAUGCUAAAGGUUUCAAUUUAUAUUUAAGAGUAAUGUUUUACAUUACAGAUGUUCAGUUCAUUCAAGAUGAAAUGACAAGGUAUCAUUAUUACCUUCAAUUAAAAAGUGAUAUUUUAGAAGAUAGAAUUCAUUGCCACCCACAGCAAGCUACUGUAUUAGCAAGUUAUUCUAUGCAAGCAGAAUUUGGCAAUUUUGAUGCAGAAAGACAUCGAACGGAAUUUCUUCAACAAUAUACCUUUUUCCCAAAAUCAGUAAUCGAGGCUGAACCAGGUGGACAGGAAGUGUUAUUAAAUGGUUCACUAUGCCAGUAUAAAAUGAUAGCAGGUGUUACACAGGCAGCAGCUGAAGAAUACUAUAUUACAAUGAUUAUGCAAUUAGAAGGAUAUGGACAUGAAACUUUCUCUGCUAAAGAUGAAACCAACAAUGAAGUUAUUCUUGGAAUUUCAAUUAAUGGCAUUAUGGUUUGUUCUCCUAGUACACAAGCUACUCAAUUUUAUAGAUGGAAAGACAUAAGUAACGUUAUCAAUCACAAAAAAACAUUUAGAAUAGAAUGUCAAACUGAAGUAGAGUAUGCAAAGCAAUUUUUAUUCAGAGAGUCACGAAGUGCAAAGUAUAUGUGGCGAUUAUGUAUAGCACAACAUACAUUCUACAUGCAGCAUCAGCAAACGCAACCACCAGAACGUCAUAGUAACGGAUAUUUCGAUGCUGAAACUAAUGACUCGAGUGAACAAACUCCGUCCGUUAAUUUGGAUACUAAUGGAACAGAAGAUUACACUCGCUGGACGAGUUACAACGACCUCUCUACUUCGCCAUGCCCUGUUGUAUCUGUUUCUACAACAGAUAUAAAUAAUUUACGUGCCUUAUUGCCUUCGUAUAGACCGGCACCUGAUUAUGAGACUGCUAUACAAAUGAAGUACAAUAAUGGUGGAAAUAAUUCACAGCCCUACUAUGCUAACCAAUCUACUAUUGUUGGAGCAGAUUUAUGUCUUAUUGGCAAUGUUGUAAAUCCAAACAGAUACUAAACCAAUUUUUAAAUAUUAAUUUUAGAUUAUACAAAAGAUAUGCUUUUACUUAUUUGUUUACUCAGUUCUUACAAUAAUUUUGUAUAAUAAAUAUUUUAUUAUUAUUUUGUGUCUAUGUGAUGUAUUAGUUUAGUAUUUUGAGGCACGACCGCGGUACGGAAGUGUGUUAUUAAAAAUCAAAAUGCUCUGAGUAUUUUCAGAAUUGAUGCUUUUAUCAAAAAAUAAAAUACACAUUUUAAUUUAUAAGAUUUAUGUGGCAUGUAUAAUUCUUAAAAAUAUGUACAAUUUACCAUAGAGAAUUUUAAAAUUCAUUAAAGUUAUAAAAAUUACGAUAUGUAUAAAAUAUUUACAUAAAUAAACAAAAAUUAAUAUGUA